CUGCCGAUUAUGUAUCAAGUACAGUUGCUGAGGUAUCUUUUUGUACUUUUCUGUCGGGGAUGGGCCAGAUUGAGAGGGGUGGUACGAGGGUGAGACUUGGUGUUGAUGUCUAGAUACACUGAAGACAGACCGUGGAGGUUGCACUUCAGAAGUGGCUGUUGAUUAUGUGCUUGAUAUUAUCACCGAGGUAUCUUUUUGUAUUUUUCUGCCGGGGAUGGGCCAGAUUAGGAAGGGCGGUACGAGGGUGGGACUUGGCGUUGGUGUUUUGGAACAUCAAAGAUGGACAGGGUUUUCGCGGAGGUCGCUCCUCAGAUAUCUCCACAACUACAGAUCGGGGAUCUUCCAAAAUCGAGAAGAUUGGUGCAUAUGGCUAGGUCUCUUCACCUUACAAUUUGUAUGGCAAUUUGGCCCGGGGUUGUGGUGUGGUAGGGGAGAAUGGGGGAUAAUCCCACACAGGAGUUUCGAACGACGUCUGGUUCACGUUUGGCUGGAUAACUCCACCACCACACGGGGUAUGCGGUCGGCGAUGGGGUCAAAAUGCUCGUAUGAUCGAGGGCUUUUCGAUGGAUCUAUCGGCGGGUUCUUAUUCGAAAAAUCGAGCGAGUUCGUGGUGGAGCGGUUGGAAUCUUUCUAUGAUGCUUCUCUGACUAUUAUACAGGUUCAUCUCACAUCUUUCAUAUAG